AUGCAGUCACUCACCUCAUUCUUUUCACUCAACGCCAGCGAAGAUGAGAACCUGGCCCCGAUGACCAAGGGUUUGGCGCACGCCCAGAAGAAGAGACCGCUGCCGCCGCCGAAGAAGAAGAACAAGAACAAGAACAAGAAGAAGAACAAGAAGAAGAACAAGAAGAAGAGAAAGAACAAGAAACACGUAGAGAUCUUCGAGGACGAAGACGACGAAGAUGAAGACGAGCAAAGCUGGACCUUUGGUCAAAGUGACAAGGACGAUGAUUUUAAAGAGAACGUUGUCCCAGGAACGCGUCGCUCUGCGCGGCUGAAGCGAUGA